AUGAUCCAUAAGUUAAUUGACGCCGGUGACCUCAAGCAAUACGUACAGAAGGGAGAAACCUACGAAAGGUCAAAGCGAAGAAAGAAAGUCCAAUUACCCGAAGGAAACCGAAGUGUCAACACCAUCUCAUGCUCCGAAGCUACUGGACCCUCGCUAACCUCCCAAAUAGGGAAAAGACUAAGAAAUCAAUUCGAGGAUUAUUGUGAGCUGUACAAGAUCGAUGGGGCAGAAUUGGAAGAACACGAGCAAUGGAUGAAUGCACAUAUGACCUUCGAUGCUGAAGAUAUAGAGGAAGACAUGGAAGAUCACAACGACCCCUUGGUCCUCACCCUACCAGUGGCUGGGUGCAACAUCAGGAAGAUCCUUAUUGACGGAGGAAGUUCAGUUAAUGUUUUGUUCUAUGACACAUUCAAACGGAUGGAGUUGAACGACGAGCAACUCAUGUCCUCUUAUUACACCAUCUACGGAUUAAAUGGGGCACCAACGAAGCCCUUAGGGGAUAUCAUUUUGCAAGUAGAUGCAGGACCAAUGAAGCCGGCGAUGGGUGCACAAGAUCAAAGGAGUAGCAGUGACCUAUCAUCAAUACCUUAG